CAAGUCAAUGAGUAGCAAUAGCGACUGAUUAUGACAACCACUCGCUUUAAUUUUCAAAUUCGAGGCUGAAAGUAGAAACUACAACGACCUCUUCUUUUGUAGUAAAAGAACGACGUGUGAUAAUACGAACCCCAAGAUUGAUUGGCUUUGUGAUAAAAAACCACGAAGUAAAAUAUGCCAGCAACUGGCGAGGACCCCGAGUUCACUGCUUUGUGUAAGCGUUUGCUUGCCGAGGUGCCAGCCGCCAAUAAAGGCGCAUUGGAAGCACAGAUCGCUUCUCUCGAGACUCUGAUCGUAGACUUGGACGCGAUUGAGACCUUUACGGUGAAUGCAGGGGGCAACAGGAUCUCUCCAGCGACGUUCGACAAGUUCGCGUCUUUCUGCAAGGCGAACUGCGAAAAGAGGCCAGAGACGAAGGCGAAACGACCGAAGUAUGCAGGAUCGACCUCCAUAGCCACGGGAACGUCAUCUUCUUAAGGGUAGGUUGAAGGUGUUCCUGUUACCGUUUGUUUUGCCUUUCUCAAGGAGGAAAUGCAUAACAAGCGGGGUAAACGAACACCAAAAGCCUACCUCUAAUCUUCGUCUACAAGUCGUGCGGCCACCGGAGUUAAGAACAGGGCUUUUUGCUUUUGGUAUCGGUACUAGAGGCAGAUGGUCCUAAAGUAAAUGUUGAAGACUGUGUAAGAUGCCGAAGGAAGGCAACGUUAAUUUUUGGGUAGCAAAUUAACAAGAACAAGAACCAGAACUGUACUAAAAAAGACUUCUUGGUUGCUAAGGACACAGCUGCAAAUGGAACUGCUACAGCCGGAGGAGCCUCGAAGAGCAGCAAUGUGGUGCGACUGCCUGCAACCAAUGCUGGUGGUGAAGAGUUGCCGUCCAGUCAGGCUGUCCCGACACCCUCCCGCGGUGGUACGCAACAUAAUUCUCCAUCCGGACAGAAGUCCCACGCUAGUGCGGUUAUAGCGAAAGCCAUGGCGGUCAGUGUGAAGAGAAAAACACAUUUGAAGGGGCUUUCGUCGGCACUUGCGUUAAGCAUUUCCGCAUUGCAUUGGUCACAACCAUCCCUGGCUCUUUUCCAAAAAGGAGAGAGGGAUGUUCUGAGGAAUGUAAUUCCGUAGCCUGCUCUAAUUGUGGCACAGAAGAUUGAAGGGAUCGAAACGAAAGCGAAAUUACAUGCGCAACUAGCGUGUGAAUUUCCGACAAAAUUACCAGCAAUAGUGGAGAUGGACUAUCCGAAAAGGAAAGAUGGUACCGAUUUGAUGCAUGAAGAUGUUGAACAUUUUCAAAGAAGAAACCAACAUUGUAGCAACUACUUGUUCAUUCUUGAGAAUUUUAUUCUCGCCGUUAUUUGUAUUUCAUCAUAGAACUACAGUGCCUGCUGAGUAGAACUAGUGCCCGUUAUAGACAUUUCAUAGAACAACAGUGCCAGACUAGAACUAGUGCUACAUAUAAAUUCGAAAAAUCUUUCAUCAAUAUUUCCAGUCCCCUACACUUUCUUGGACGUGGAUCCUGAGAAACGGGCUCUAGCAACGAAUGCGAGACUGGAGGAGAUGGAGACGCUGUUACGUCUACGAAUAGCCGAAGAUGACGAAAAUGUGCAAGAAGGGGCAGUUGGGGAAGAAGCCCACGUCUCUCAAGAAAAGUCCCUAGUGGGUCGGGUGCUGUGUGAUGACGUAUUCACGACUAGACUAUCGUCAAGUUUUAGUUACGGUUCGUCUAUCUCAGUCUCUCAAGAAAUACAUUAAUAUACCCACUGAAGUAAAACGAGAAGGCUUCUACUUAGCGACGACCUUGAUUACCUGCAGCUUCCGCUGCUUCUCGCCUUCAGCUCACUCUCACGAAACCACAGGACGGCGCUGGGAUUACGCAAGCCAAACUGAACGAAAGCAGCCUUUUGCUAGAAGGCAGCAGAAAAUCGGGCGCGCACCGAAUAUAUUUCUUCACGUCGGAUUGCGCAAAAGUUUCUACAUUUCCCGGACAGAUUAUGUACAGUCUCUUGUUUUUUGGAGUAGGACCAACCUAGUUUUUGAUGUAGCAUGACGCUCCACUCGGCUACUGAGUGAUGCAUUAUAUGGUUCUUAAAAAUUCAAAUUCUAUGAACACCACAUGACUCCACCUUCAGCAGGACGCACUUAAAAACACCACAGAUACGCCGUCGGACGGGGAGAAAAGGAUAGGUUUCAUGCGAAUCGUUUCAUACCUGGUGUUCCUGUCCCACCGCGGGAAUUGCCUUCGCCUACGAGUGCGCCAGUCCAUAUUCUUGCUGCCAGUGGUCCGUUCACAAAACGUGGCGAGAUGGACUACUCACCCCUAAGGGCAGUCUUACAGCACGCACUAGCAGUGAAGCCGCAGAUGGUCGUCCUAAUGGGCCCAUUCAUGGACGCAAACAAUAACGCUGUCCGAGAAGGCUCCAUAGCGGAACCAGUUAUGGACUUGUAUCGUAUAAAGCACUUAAGUGUAUGUAAAACACGAACACCACUGCCAGUUCUACUUUUCGUUGCCGAGCCCAAGCCGGAAGGCAAGCACAGGACGGAGUCAAAAUUUAGAGAGCACCUCUUCACCUUCUCCCACUCCUCCUCCCCUCCACGCGGGGCUACCUCUCCCCCCACCAGCUCCUCUAACUCCAAUGGCAAAGACACAGAUAUCUGGGACGUCAUCGAGGGUGCGUUACUCCCCCUUUUGUUAGAUUUCGUGAGGAAAAUGAGGGAAGCGGAGUGUGAAGUUUUGAUAGUACCCAGUCCAGAGGAGGCGAUGUAUCUUCACGCGACACCGCAGCCAGCCUAUCCGAGUGUUUUUCUUCUGCCCUGUUGGAACCUUUUGGCGGAAGCGGGUGCUCAUCUGGUAUUUACAAGAUUAUAGGACGACGAAGUAUGCUCAUGCUGGUGCACGUAGAAAGAAAGUAUGCGUCCCUACUCUUCAAAUAUAAACCAAGAGCACAUACUCCUACUCACACAUCUCCAAACCCAGAAAACCCUCACAUCAGGCACCGAACCCCUGUUAUCUGCGUGUGAACAACGAUGUGACGAUAUCUAUCACCUCUCAAGACCCACUAACUCCUCUGGUCCGAUCUUUGCUCGUGCGACCGGAGCCAGAGUCCGGUGGCAGACUAGAGGAGGUCAUGCGCCAUCUAUUGUGGCAGAGAUCGUGGUUCCCAAGAGAUGGCGUCGAACGAGGGAUGACGGCCAAUGUUACUACUUAUGAUUGGCUGUGGGAGGAUGUGAUGUAGUUCAACUCUGUUCUCGUCUUCAAAAGUCGAUAGAUUUGAACCUUGCAAUUGUCUGAAAGAAGAGAGCAGGCGAUGGCCCACACCGAACCUAACUGACCUAACCUAACGCUAAGCUGUUCUCGAAGAUAAAAUGUUUGUUACUGUUGAUUUUAAGAAGCAUUUAUUUCGUCAUUUGCCUUUCGGUUUCUCAUUUGCCUCUCGGCUUCUAACCUUCCCACGUCGACAUAAUGCGAAGGCAGCGAUUUGAGUUUAUCCGGAAAAUCGACGCAAAAGGAGAAGUAGUGCAGCACGACUCUGACGAUAUCCAUGAACAGGACUACAUUUAAGGGUAGGCUAAAGGUGCUUUUGUUACCGUUUGUUAUGGCUCUUCUAAGGGGGACAGCCAUAACAAGCGGGGGAACCCACGAACACCAAGGGCCUACCUCUAAUACAUCAAAAUGCAGAUGAGCAAGGUAGCGGCCGGAAAGGGCAAGAAAGCACGUGUAGAAGAAGAAAAACCACCAGAGGAAGAGAACUUCGACAUUGAGGAUUGCAUUCCAGACGUCUUGCUUUUCUGUUCAACUGCAGGUCGAGGAUUUUUAUGGUCAAAAGCAGCUUGUUCUUGUUGUUGUCUUCAUCAAUGCCUGAGAAUGAAUACCCCACAACCUUCACCUUCAUUCUUAAACGAGUUUUUGUAGCUACAACAACAUUGUCAUUGUCUUCAACUUAAUCAUCGUGCGAGAAAGUAUCCCACGAGGAUGAACUUCAUGUUGAUAGAUGUCCGUGUAAAAAGUCUUCUUUUUUCAUCUCUAACUUUACAAGCGAAUUUGGUCGAAGGCCGCCUCUUCGCGAAUCCAGGACAGGCAUGCAAGGCGCAACAAACGGGCACCUUCUGCGAGCUUUUCCUGCAUCCAGGCACCAAGGAACUUGGUCGCGUAGAAAUCCGAAAGAUCCCUGAAACAGUAAUGGGGGGAUCGAAGUAGAAGUCCCAGGAGGAAACUGUUGUAAGUCCAAGUCCCGGCACCAGGAACAGGAUAGUGUUGUGUCUGAAGCUAUGAAGUAUCCCAUUUUUCUUAAGGGACUCAUCAGAAAAGUUGGAAAUGCUGCAGUUGGAAGUGCUGAUCAUUGUCAGUUGGAAAUUGCUUUUAUAUCUCGAAUUUAGAGGACUCUUUUUGUGUACUUAAUCGAAAUCGAAUUUGGAAGGAAAAUUAGUACACCCGCUGAUCAUGGUGACGGAGAUGGAGGUGUGAAGAUCGAUGUACAACUUUUUUUGAAUGAACACUCACAUCCAGCAUGGACCAAGCUCUGGUUCUUUGGCUCAACUGCAGGUCGAGAAUUUUUAUGGCCUUCAGCAGCUCGUUUUUGUAGCUACAAGACUUGGAUCCUGGCGUUCGCACCUAGACUUGGAUCCUUGCGUUCGCACCGCAGCAGGAGGUCUGAGAGCAUUAGAAAUAAGGGAUUGUUGAAGAUGUCCUUGUUCUUGCAAGUGCCGUUGUAGGUAUCUCGACCUAAUGAUAGAGAAUGGCC